CGACCGUUUGUAAUGAUGGACCGAAAUGCAAAGGGGAUUGGAGUGAGGAGUGAGGCACGCAGCACGCACGAGCAGCGGCUGCGGCCGGUAGGCGAACGAAGCCCUACAAGCUACGACAUAAGAGGGGCUCAACUAUACAAUACGCGACGCCACUACUGCAGUCUUGAUAUCCUGCGUCCCUUUCGAAAGCGCCGUGCUCGAGGGGGACGACGGCCGCGCUGUCAGGCGGUGACGUCAGGCAUUAGGGGGGCAGUGCGGCGCCCCGCAGCUCGCCGGCAGUGUUCGGCCAGCCGCCACACCGAGUGGACGGGCACACAAUGCGUGCACGGUGAAAAAACAAUCGCGAUGCUGUUCGAGAGUCCCAACGCGAAACUGUUUCCGGCGUUCAACAUCCCGCCGCCCGUGAGGCUCAGCGGCGCGCUGGGCGGCGUGGAGGUGCUGGAAGGCGGGCUGGUGGGAGGCGAGCUAACUGCGCAUGUGCUGAGCGCGCAGGCCGCCGCACACGCCGCGGCGACUGCGGCCGCGGCCGCACAUCAACAACAACAAAUUGCUGUACAACAAAUCAAAACAUCACCAUCCUCUGGUCGGUCGACUCCAGUGAACACGGCAGGCAACAGCGGGGCUGCUUCAACAGGCACCACCUCACCCUCUCCCAGCAAGCUGUUUGUAGGUGGUCUCAGCUGGCAGACCAGCUCGGAGAAGCUGCGGGAGUACUUUGCUAUGUUUGGACCUGUGUCCGAUGUGCUCAUCAUGAAGGACCCUGUUACACAGCGCUCGCGCGGCUUCGGCUUCAUUACGUUCCAGGAGGCGGCCUCCGUGGACAAGGUGCUGGCCGUGCCCGUGCACACGCUGGACGGCAAGCGCAUCGACCCCAAGCACGCCACGCCCAAGUCCGCGCCGCGCCCCGCCAAGACCAAGAAGAUAUUCGUCGGCGGCGUCGGCCAGGAUACCUCCGCCGACGAGGUGCGCGCCUACUUCUCCCAGUUCGGCCUCGUGGAGGACGCCGUCAUGCUGAUGGACCAGCAGACCAAGCGCCACCGCGGCUUCGGCUUCGUCACCUUCCACUCGGAGGAGGCCGUGGAGCGCGUCUGCGACAUACACUUCCACACCAUCAAGAACAAGAAGGUGGAGUGCAAGCGCGCUCAGCCCAAGGAGGCGGUCGCCGCCGCGCCCCUCGCCAUCGGCAAGCGCCUCGUGCUGCGCCCCGGCCGCGGCCUCGUGUACGGCGGCGUGGGCGCCGUGCCCGCCGUGGGCGCGGUGGGCGCCGUGGGCGUGGGCGCGCACGCCUACCGCUACGCGCCGUACGCGCUGCCGACGCCGGGCACCAUCGUGGCUCCGCCGACGCCGGCGCCGGCGCCCACGCUGCCGCAGUUCGGCGCCGCGUACUCGCUGGCGGGCGUGGACAUGUCGUCCUUCCAGGGCGUGGACUGGAGCGCCAUGUACGGCCUGCCCAUGUACAUCUGAGCACCGCCCGCCCCCGCGCCCGCCCCCGCGCCCGCCCCCGCGCCCGCCUACAGAGGUUAGGUCGAAGCAGCUUUUACAUUUGUUUUCUCUAAUAGUUCCUACGCACGUGCGGCGAGGUCCGCGCGCCGCCGACCCGGAGCGGAACAGUUAUCAGUAUUCGAGUUUGUUUUGCGGCGACCGGCCCAUCGGCGUAGGUUUAAGUCAAUUUUUGAACUCGACAAGCAAUACGGCCCCCGUCUCGGGACCGCAGGCAAAGAUACGCAUUUCUUUUUUUUUUAUUAAAAAUUAAUAUAAGGCGAAGAUCUCAGAUAAUAUUAUAGUUUGAGCUGGACGAAAGUAAUUUUUUCGUGUAUCUGUCUUGGACUUAACGGUAGUUUGUAGUGCACGAUCGUUGGUGAUUAAAGAUUAUUAUUUAUAAACUGUAUACUUGAUGAAUCUCAUGCAGAUCUGUAUUUGUUUCGUAAUAUUAUGUGCACUGCCCUCGGACGCCGGCUGACCGCUAGACGAAUUACUACACUACCAGUAUUAUCUUAUUGAGAAGAGUUUGUGCCAAAUCACAUUGAAUACUUAAAUGUAUUGUCAUUAAAGACGACAUACUUUUUACAUAACGUUGUUAAAGCAGAUUAAAACACUGUUUUCAAAAUUAAAACGAUUAGAUACAAGGUCCAUUAUCUAAAACCUUAUUAUUUGACGGACAAAUCAAACAAUAUCGAUUUUAUCUUUAUAAAAUUUGAAAUAACAAUCUAGCGAGGCGUCACAAGGCAGAAGAGGGUCAGAUUCACGAUACUUCCCAUACAUAUCUAACUCGAGUGGAAAGCAAUCUCAUAUAGCAUUAUUUAUGACUUGGUAGUUUUAUGAUAGCGCUGUCCUAUAUCGACUCGGUUACUCUCGCAAAAAUGAUUCGAAUAAAUUUACAAAUAUAAAUGUGGGUAGUUUUAAAUGUCAGAGGCUAAACGAGAGUGAGCGAGUCGAAGUGGACGAGACUUAGUAUUAUCGAUUAGUAUAGCAGUUGAGGGAAUGCAGACUAACAGCAGUGUCUUGUGACAAUAAGCUAUGCCACUGUAGAUUGUCGCGUCACUUUGCCGCUCGGCCUGCGCUCGGCCUGCGCGUCUUGUAUUAUAGUUUUACAAUUGAUGUAGUUUAGUUUGGUACAAUUGGUAUGCUGGGUUUUCGAUUUCCUCCGCCUCUUCUGGUUCAGUGCAUGUCUGUAUAAAGUGCCAAUUGUAGAAUUAGAUCGCUAACUUACCAGUUUGAUUGGUAACGAUUUUUGAUCGCCUGAGCUCUCUACUCAUAUUUAUUUAUAAUCAACGUAGUGUUAGAUAUAAUUAUAUGAUACUCUUAAAAGCAAUACUUAGUUACACACUGUGAUUAGACAAGUAUUAUACUAUAGUUAUGAAUAAAAGACGUUAUAUGGUUGUGUUCGUGCAAUUUGUAGAUUUAAGUCGAAAUUUUCUCGGACAAGGUCCUCCAGUAUUAUUGAAUGUUUCCUGAUAAAUUUUCGGGUCUCUCAAGUACUUAAUUUAACCUCGUACUUAAAAUUUUUCGAUACUUUAAAUAUUUAUUUUAUGGUACUUAACUUGUAUUGGACAAUAAGUCGUUUCGAUGCAUAUCUUACAUUUAAAACUUUCUGAAAUUGCUCAUAUUUCGAUAAUAUUUUCUUAAAUAAAUAAAAAACAGGGUUUGCCUUGAAAUGUGUAAGGGGCGUUCUUUAAGCCGAAUGGCAAAAUCCAAAUCGUAAAUCUUUUAGAGUCGAUGAAAGCGAGACUUUUUUUAACCCUUCCUAUAAAUGUAUUGAUUCUUACGUGGCUUAUAUAGAAUUUAUGACACCUAUUAUAAUUUUGACGUGGCAAGGGCCAGGCAAAGUGACGCGGAUACAGUAGAGGCAAAUGCAUGCGGUAGCUUCGCCGGCCUCAUUCCCACGCCGGCCGGCACACACCUUGUAACCUUGAUGUGUGGAAACAAAAACUAAAAAAAUCUUUUGCUACAAAUACAUCGUAAAUAUACAGGGUUAUUUUUUUAAUUACCAGAAAAAAACCGAUAAAGCAGAAUAAAUAUUCGAUCUUUAAUAUGUAGACUAUUUUAUCUUGCUUAGCAAUCAUUAAGUUGACAACAAAUUAAAAAUUCAAGUGUCAAUGUGCAAGGAACACACAAAUCAAUUUAUUGCAAUAGACCAAAAUUGAGUCUAUUUGUAGGAUUGUUCAUUUUAUAAAUAUGAUUAUUGCCGGCAAUAGAAAGAGCUAUGUUUUCUGGUAAUUAAAAAACUGUAUCAAUUUAAUGGAGUAUUUAACAAUUACAAGUGAAAUUGCAAUCGAUGCAUUAUUUAUGAAGUGGUUUCCAUACUACAAGGCUACCGAAUGCUAUACCACAUGUGUACACUUACCUAUCCUUAUUAUAGCAGUAUUCUUAAUAUAAGUAGGGUAGAACCUCCUGAGAUUAUUUGCGAUUGCCGGGUUUUUCAUAUCAAGCACUAAAUGCCACAUCGUACAAAUAUCGUGGAAAUGCAACUUUAAAGUUUGCAAAUUCCGUAUCGAUUCUUGAUUCCUUGACCUCUUGCCAAAAUGAAAAUUAUUGAAUUUGAUAUUGAAAAACUCUGCAAUCGCGACGCCCGAUGAUAACAUCUUUUGUAUUUUAGCAUUUUCCUAAAAUUCUCAGUAUUAGAUGGUUGAUAUUGUGAUGUUUCUUGGUAACGUAUCCGCCGUCGGCCGUCGGGCGCCAUGUCCGCCGGCCGCGGUGAGAUCAGCUCAUAUAAAAUGUGUACUUAAUUUUUUCUUAUAUAUAUUAAUAUGUAUUGCCCUGUGUAACGCCACUCCGAUGAGGAGCGGCUUUACGCAGAUAUGCCAAUAUAAGUUUAUUUUUUCUCUAAAAUACUUGUAAUGUUGAAUUCGCCGGCGUCCGCCCAUGAUUGAAAGAGAUUGAUUUUUUAUUUUAUGUUUGGUGGACGGGCGCCGGCGGUAGGCUAGCCGUAGUUAUUUUGUAUUUAGUGGACUUAGUGAUUGCCCGUACAUCUGUAUGUAAUGGAGCACCUAGCGGUACCCGAUGUGUCAUUACAUUAUUAAUAUUAGAACAAUAUAUUGUGUGUUUUAUUUCGCUUUGCUCCGACCGCGGGGUUAGAAUCCUUUGUGACGGGGUGUGGUUGUUUCCUUCACGACAUGCUCUUGUAUAGUUAGUUUGCACGUCGAGUCUCAUUUGCCGAGUAGAUUGUCGCCGGGCUACGGGUGAGUAUGGGCGGGGGGGGGGCGAGCGGCGGCCACCGGGUAAGUCGGCAGAGUAGCGAACGUUGACGCAUGCGUAUAUAUAUUUAUAAUUAUGUAUACUAUAUAGCGUAGAUUAUUUCGUGACUAACAUUCGACUCUGACUCGUCUCAUGAAGUAAUAGGGCAUGGUUGGCAUGGACUUAAACGAUACCGAACGAGUUUCUUCCAGAUUCACUGUCAAUUCUCUAACAGGCGUUCGCCACACGUUGGUUGUGAAACGUGCUAUUAUAAUAUCGCUUUCCAAGAUUGGUCUUGCACGAAAUUGGGAAAACGGAACGUUGGAAUGCACCGUUUCUGAAACUACCCUCAUAUGUAAAAGUUUAGAAUGAAGCGACUGAUAACAUAAAUGGUUCAUUCGCUACGUUUGUUGUUUCUCACAUCUCGGCAACUUGCAGUAUAUCUUCGAAAGUGAUAUUUUUGACGUAGACACGUAGAGUUAGAACUCUUAGUAACGCUUGGCUUGAGGCCUCCAGUCUUCCUCGUUUAACGUUUAAACUAUUACGAAAUUAAUUUGCCAAAAAUAUCUCGCCAAAACUAAUUCGUUUGCUCAAUCAAUUGUAGAAUAUUUCGAAUGAUUCCGCGUGUCGUUUUGGAGCCCGAGUUAACACGCAUCUAAAAGUUCUGUGACAUGAGAUCUUGUAUCUAUGUUUGCGAAAAACGACCGCUUUCUCGCUGGUGUAGUUUAAGGAUAAGACAAUAAUUUAAAAAGGGGACGUUGCCAGCUCGAACGUUGAAAGAAUAUUGUUGCGACGUGAUGCCAUUUUACACAUACAUUCCUCUCUAGUCAUUUUUUACUUAAGGAUUUUGUUGAGUGUUUUACGAUGAGAAAGUGAUACUACUAACCCUUAUCUUGCUCAAUACUCGUUCUUGCCUCCUAGUUUGUAUUAUACGAAGGCUUGUAGUUUGUGCCAUACACGACGCCGCAGCACAGCAACAGUAGAGGCACUCCAUAGCUUCGCAAUUCCAGGCUCUCUGGACCAAUGUACGACAAAAAGGUUAUAUUCUCGAUUAUUAAUAAGGUUAUAAUAUACAUGGAUUAUACAACUUUUGGAUUGGUAUAAAGGUAAUGUUAAAAAGUAAAUAAAAAUACAAUGUUGUGUGUUUGAAAGGUGCGGCAGCCGCUAGCGUAGUUACGUAGUGGAUGUAGUGAUUUUGAAAUUUUACAUACAAUAUACUAUAGAGGUGUUAAGUAUAACUAAUCGAAAGCAAUAACAAACUUAUUUAACUUAUUACUAGUAGGCAACGCGCCGCCGCCGGCGCUGAAGGCGCGCGGGCGCGAGGCGGCGGCGGCGUCAUCUUGAACGUUAUACACUCCGCAUACAAGAUAUUUUUGUAUAUUAGAUUUCGGUGUAUUCAGUAGUGAGUUGGUAUUUGUAUUUUAAACGUUGAUACUCGUGAUAAAAUUACAAACACUUGAUAAGUGGAAUAAUGUGAUUUACUUGUUUAAUGUAGGGCGCUCGCCGCUUGGGGCGUGCGGCCAUGUUUGCUCUUUUGACAUUUAUCAAUGUUGCCAUGUGUGUGCAAAGCUUCAAAGUUUAAAAUACUACAUUAUAAAGUUCAUACAUGGCUAUAUUCAAACGCAGUCAUCCCUAUACUAUAAUUAAUUCUAAUUUUAAACAAUAAUUAGCAGCCGCAGUUCUUACCAUUGUAAUAUAUUUCUCAUUGUAAUCUGUUUUUCUCUUCGUAAAGUAAUUUAAAUUAAUAAUAUAUCGUAAGUUGUUAGUGAUUUAAAAAUUAUUUUCCAUCUGUUCAUAUUAUUUCCGUUCCCUACCUAUUUUGUAAGAAUGUUUUAACUUGGCAGCACUGACGUAUUUUGGCGCCAUUUUCAGAUGUCAAAGUGACGCUAGCGUUUUGAUAUUGCAGAGUCGCAAUAGAGGCUGUAUUAUUAACAUUCCUUUGUGUAUAUUUUGUGUAAUCGCAUUUUUAUUUAUGGUAGCGUACCUGUUUGAAUAAAGAUAGUUUUCUCUUAUAAUAGUUAUAGUAGAUAUGGGCUGUUUUUAUUUUAUCUACACCGAUUGCUACAGAUUAUAUUGUGCAAUAUGUAAUGGAUUUUUCUCUAUUGUAUAAAGUUGUCAGUUUUAACCCGUAGCUGUAAUUGGGGGGAUAGGUUGCAGGUGUGUAGAUUUCCUAAAAUGAUUUAACUUGUUUGUCCCGGACCAUAGAUUAUAUGAUUGACUUUUUUUGAAUAACUCAUUUUUUAUACUGGCCUAUAAUGACGACAAUAAAUGUACUAUUUAAAAAAAUCUAUAGUUUUUAUAAUUUGAUAAUCUGUUUUAAAUUUUUAUCAAUAUCAAAGUAAACGGUACUAAUGGCCAGUUUUUAUUGUCUUUAAUUACAUGAUCUAUGUGAAGGGAUUUUAGUGAGAGUGUCGCUUCCGUUGUUAAGAUCUGAAUGUUUUUUUUGUAAUAGUACCCACCAUAGGGUCAGUCAUACUGUAGUUAUGUAAACAGCGCCUGGUUUGAGCGGGAAUUGAAUCAUAGUAACACUAUGCUUCUUAUUCGGAAGGCGCCUACACCAUAGGCGGGGACUCCUAGAGCCCCUUAGCAACGCUGUAGUGAGCAGGCCGCGCGCCUCCUUUCGAAGCCUUUAAAGUAACAAAAUAUUCUAUGGUUCAUCUUCACUUAGUCAAGUAUUAGAAAUAAAUGGUAAUAAACACA